ACAGCUGUCAACUAGUGUCAACCGGGAACAGAUGUAAUGUCACAGAAAGGCGGCAUGAAAUACUGAAAAUAUUUAUAUUUAUCGUUUACUUUAUUUAUGUAAUGUUUUGUUCCUACAAUGUCGGUGCCGUUUGAUAUGUUGCUUCAUCCAGAACUCCUUACUAAUGAGCAGCUAAUAUGCAUUAUACAAGAGAGGCAUUUAAGAGUUUCAAACUUAAGGCACAUGCGAAGAGAUGAGUUAUUGGAUAUAUUUCACCAUUACUGCGUGCCGUACGGGCAAAGAAAGUACAGAGAUUCAGGCAGGGGCAAAUUGCUCAACAAAAAUCGUCCGCCUAGCCCGGAACCGACAAAAAAACUUAAUAAAAUGAAUCAGGAAGUUACACAAAAUAAUCAAAACCGUGAUAGGUUGAAGCCGCCACCUGAAUGCAUGUCUAGUUUCACAAAGAGGUUUAAAAUUGAGACAACAAUCACACCAAUAUCAAAUAAAGACUGUUACAGUGUGAACAAAAGGAAAAUGAGUGUUGAUUCUGUGACUGUAACAAAUGACUGCCCUCCACAAAAGAAGGAAAGAAAACCUAUAACAUGGCCAUGAAGUAAUAGAAAUCACAAAAUAUAACAAUUCAUGUGUUUAAAUGUAAGUCUGUACUUCCCCAAUGUACAGAAAUAUUAGGUACUUACAUGUUGUAUUGCCAACAUUAGCCAAAUUCAAGAAUGGAAUACUGGUGAUGGCUCGAAUUCUAAUUUCAAAUUAUCAAUCAAGACCAACCAGUUUAACCAAAAUAGAUAAUAAAUGUGUCUAUUAAAAAAACUAGAACUCUAAAAGGAAUGCUGUGUAUUAAUAAAUUGUAAAUAUCAAAAUUUCAUCAAUGUUGUUAGGAAAGUGUAGAUUUUCUAUAUGUAGAUUAUUCAAAAAUUUAUGAAAUGCAAGUUCAGUUAAAAUUAUUUUUUAUACCAUAUCAAUAUGUUUGAAACAUGAAUUCUGUAAUGAGUAUGUUAUUACGAUGAGACGAGAAUUCUUCUGUAAAUACACUGACUUGCCUGUAAAAAAAAAUUAGCAGCUAAACAAUAAUGGUGGAUUCAAAUGUAAAAUAGAAUAAUUAAAAGAAAGAAUUUGUUUAAGUUAAGUUUGAAGUUGAGUAAGUAAUAUUAGUGAAAGUGUUAGAAUCAAUAUAUAUUAUCAAUGGAUUCAAUAAGUUAUAAGUACAUUAAUUUGGAAAAUAAGCUUUCAAGCCUUGUUGAUUGUUUAUUCUGAAGCUUGUUAGAGUUAGUAGUCAGAACAUUUUAGUAUACAUAUAAUAGCAUCCUGUCUUUAAAGCCUUUCUGGAACAAAUGUUAUCUAUGUUACAUAGUUACUUACAAGAUAAACAUAAUCAUUGAAAAAAAAUAUAUCCUUCAGUUACUAUAAUGUAUACUUGACUAAGAAGUUAAAAUAAAUAUUGCUAUGUAAAAGGAUAUUUCCUACAUUUUUGUAAAUAAGAGUUGAUUCCAAGUCAUUGUGUACCUACUCUAUUAGGCAGUUUCUUAUGUACUUUUGUAAAAAUAAGCUUCAAUCUUUUUUGUACUACAUAUGUAGUUGACUAGUGUUCCUGCAAUGUUAGAUUUUAUUCCAAUUGACUUGUACAUAUUGCAGUAAAUAGUAUGUAAGUUAUUUUUUAUGAGUGAAAUCGAAAAUACAUGAAGUUUUGUGAUA